AUGCAUGCAUCUCACCGUUACCCCAUCCCAGAGCCCCCUGAUGUCCAUGUGUCCCGAAAAGUGGAACACGGGAUCCUGACACUGUCCUGCUGCGCAUACAGAUUCUACCCCAGCACCAUUGGGACCAGCUGGAUGAAGGGGAUGAAAUCGGGGAUCGUUCCACACCUGGGCAGGAUCGAGGCGCUGCUGGAGGAGCAGGAGCAGCCCCUGCGCCGGGCGGAGCAUCCCGGAAUGCCAGAGCCUGGGAUCUGCUCCUGGGCUGAGGCUGGGAACAUGGAAUGUGGGAACUGGGAAUUUGGGACUGUGGAGCAGUGGGAUGGGGGUUCCCCUCCCCUCCUAACCAUGCCAUGCUUCCCAGAGCUGGAAUCCAGCAGGAAUCUCACCCUGGUGGUCGCUGUGUCUGUCAGUGCUGCCAUCAGCAUUGUUAUCCUCAUUGGAUUUGGUGUUUGGAAGCUCCACUCUGGUUCGCUCCAAACCCAACCUGGGGGUCACCCGGUUCUUCUCCCCUUCCCAGACACUUGGAGAUCCCCCCAUGACCCAUCCAGCCCCCCCAAACUCCUCCUUGGGUCACCCCUAAGUCCCCAGUGGGGAUUUCUGUGAGUUCCCCUGUGUUCCCCCCUUCCCAGGACUUUGGGGGUCCCCCCCGACCUGUCUGUGCCCCCCCUGAUUUCUUCCACAGCCCCUCUGUGAUGGUGGGGGCUGGGGUCCAAGUGCUGGUGCCUCCCUGCCUGCAGCAGAUCCAGCACUGAGGGGAGUCCCUUAGCAUUUGGGGUCCCCUGGGGUUAGGGGUCACCCCCCCGGGUCACCCAGGAUCUCCCUGAACACGCUGGCACUGCCCAUGCUCAGUGAGAAGGUUCAUUCCCAGCACGAGGCCUCAGCUGUGUCACUGGCAUCGCCCAGGUACCCAGAAAGCCUCCCGGGAACCCCAAACCCCCUGGAACAACGCAGCUUCCCUGGGACCCCAAUAUCAUCCCUAGCCUCUCCAAAAGCUCCCCAAGACUGCAAAACCCCAUACAGACCCCCCCAAACCUUCUCAGGACAUCAAAAUUCCCACAGGACGUCCCAACAACCUUCCAGACCCCCUUGAUAAGGUUCAUACCUGGCAUGGGAUCCCCAUCUCCGUCACCAGCAGGUAUCCCAAAACAGCCUUGCAUUCCCCUUGGGAUCGCCUAAUCCCCCCCUCUGGGACCCCUGAAAACUCCCUUUGGGAACCCCCAAAACUCCACCAUGACCUCAAAAACCCCCAGUAUACACAAACCCCCCUGGGAACCCCUCACAACAGUUUAUGCCCAGCACAGAGUCCCCAUCACCAUCACCCAGG